AAUGGAACUACAGUGUAGCUCUUUGAAGACAGCCGGGUCUUGUUGAUGAAUAAGCCCCAGUCGCUGCUGUUUCAGAGGUAGUAACCUGAUAUUUUCAAUAAAAAGUACUUUAAUUUCCUACUUGGCUGUGCUGACAAACCUGUAAACAACAGCUCGCUGCGCCGAGACGUGAAGCAGAGGAGCCAGUUUAGCUUGGGUGGAGACGGUAGGGCGUUCUCACUGAAUGCACCUCUUCAGACUGCAGGACACAAAGAUGUAGAGGAGGACUGCUGAAGAAAGCUGUGAGAAGUUGUGGGUGAUCCUCCAGAGACUUCAGUUUCAAUCAUUAACAUUCCUGAUAUUUACGGCUGCACGGGCCGAGCUGACCUGAAGCACCAAGAGAACUCUGGGAUAGUUGACCAUGACUUGAAAACUGCAUUUCUGCUUGUUCCAAAGAAGCAAACAUUCGCUCCAGUUCCCGCACGUGUUCGCUGUUUGACAGGUCAAUCCCACCCGUGCUUGUUCUCAUGUAGGUUUUUCACCGUUUAAUUUCUGACCAAUGUACCGAACGGAGAGCCGCUGCAGGAAGGCUAAAUCUUCGCAGAUGCGGAAGAAAUUCAUGUCGUCUGUUAAAGGAGCGUCUCAUCUGUCCAGGCGGGCCAAGAGACGCCUGUAUUGUAAGUUCCAGCUUUGGUUGUGGAGGAAGCGAAGCGAAAAGCGCCGUCUUUGGAUAUUCAGAAGUAGAAGACGCACCUCAGGGAUCAACUCUGGCUCAGGUUCCCACCUCAGUUUAAAACCACAGUCACAGAAAGAUAAUGUUUCAACAAUUCACCUACAAACAGUUUCAGAAGGAACCACAGCCCCUGUGCCACCGGCAGGACAAGAUGGUGGAGGUUCAGAAGGAGCCGUCGUACAGCAGAACGGCCUGUCGGGGUGGAGAGAAUCGGACAGUCUUUCAGAGUCUCCUGCUGAUCCUGGCAGCAUGCAGGUUACAGACACUAAUUUCCCCUCGUGUAGUGCCAGUCAAACAACACAAAGAGCCAUGGCGUCAUCACAGAGCGCAGGACCUUCUGUGCAGCUCAGAGAAAUGGACGACCCUUUAAACCCGCCUCACGUUGUCAGAUCUGUGCCGUGUGCUGGCAGUAACGCGUGUAAUGAACAGCUUAAGGUGCAAAGAGAACAAAGGCUUCCGGCUGAUUGUCCAUCACGACAACACAGUUCUGUUAGUUCUUAUCAGAACCAAACAACAAAAUGUGUUGACGACAGAAUCAGCAGUGACGCAGCACCUCCAACUAAUGUCUGCCUUGAAGAACCGGCUACGAACAUCCACGACUAUCUGGAUGGUUUCUACAGAAGAUAUGGAAGCUUCAUCCCUCUGUGUAACAGUGACUUGUUGAGACAUCUAAAGAAGUUCAACUCUGAUUUCAGCGACAGAAAAAAUCUAAUCAUCUCAGAGGUUAUCAGAUACCGGGCUGCAAUCAUGGAAACACCCAUCCCCUCUUUUCAAGUCGUCUACAAGAAGCACAGACUGACUCUGGAGGAUUUACUGACGCUGGCUGAUCAGAGCUGGCUCAACGACCAGAUCAUGAAUAUGUACGGAGAGUUGAUCAUGGAGUCAUCUCAUCACAAGGUCCAUUUUCUCAACAGUUUCUUCCACCGGCAGCUUAUGACUAAAGGUUACGACGGUGUGAAGCGAUGGACAAAGCAGGUGGAUUUGUUUUCCAAGAGACUUCUUUUGGUGCCCGUCCACUUAGAGGUUCAUUGGUGUCUAGUUACAGCUGACAUCGCCACAAAGAAAAUCUGCCUUUACGACUCUCAAGGGAAUGCACUUCAAAAAGUUGCAAGGAACAUCCUGAAAUACUUGAUGACAGAAGCAAAAGAGAAGAAGCAAACGGCAUUUGAAAGUGGUUGGACGAUCUCGUGUGACGAGAAAGUCCCACAGCAGACCAACGAGAACGACUGUGGAGUUUUCGUCUUAGAGUACUCCAGAUGCCUCGCGUUGUCAAGACCGUUCCAGUUUUCACAAAAAGACAUACCAAAAAUACGAAAGAGGAUCUAUAAAGAGCUCUGUGACUGUAAGAUUUAUGAACAAGAGUAACGAGAUAUUUAUUGAGUGAUGGUAAACCCAUCGUUAAUGUACAAAUUGAGCUGUCGUUUUUUUAUGUCGGUAGCAGCUUCAUGUCUGCUUAUAGUAGCAAAAUAAACUAAUGUGACAGGAAGAUCAGUGUUUUAUGAAGUUCACUCUGACUGAUCCAUUUUUUAAGGUUGGAUUUAUACAUUCACUAUUUUUA